GUCUUUCACAAAUAUAUAACAAACUCACUAAUGCAGUUUAUACACUGAUUAAGAUCUGCUUUUCUUCUAGAAUCUUGGCCGACAUACCAAAUUUCCUCAGCUUCCUCAGGAAAUACAGUCUCUGCUGAGCCUUCUUGACCAGCUGUGUGGUGUCAAUGUCCAGGUUAGGUCCUCAGUGAUGUAGAUGCCUUGGUAUCUAAAGCUGCUCACCCUCUCUACUUCACUCUCCCGGAUAAACAGCAGCUGGUGAGGCCUCCUCUCCUUCCUCGUGUCUACUAUCAUCUCUUUUGUCUUAUCGGUGUUGAGGGUGAGGUUGUUGUCCCCACACCAUGACACCAGACCGGCCACCUCUCUCCUAUAAGCCGCUUUGUCCCCUCCAGUGAUGCAACCAAUCACUGUCAUCUGCGAACUUCAGUAUGGUUUUAUCCUUAUUGGUGUACAGGGUGUAGAGGAUGGGACUGAGGAAAGAACGAUGAGUAGAAGCCAUCCAGCUUCUCUCUGUACUGCCUCUUAGCCGCUGUAAUGGCUUUCCUCAGUCCAUACUUCGCAGCUUUGUACUCUAUCUCAUUGCCUGAUCUAAAUGCAAGAGACCGAGCACGCAGCAUGUGUCGUAACUGACUGAGAUAGAGAAGCAGAAGAAAACCCAGAGCACACAAGACAGGAGACUAUCAAAAUAAAUAACUAAUACUGAGGCCAGACAGAGGCAGUAGAUGGACAACAAACUUAUACUUAACAUAAAGCAGUGAAGAAACCAAAGUCCCAGAUUCAAUAAAAUCAUAAACAGAAGUUAAACAUAAACACAAGGCUGUGGAGCUAUGGGAACAUAAAUCCCCAAAACACAGAACGAACCUGAAGAAAGCAUGAAAACAAGAAGAUAUACGAAAUAUAGAACCAUAAUAAAAAUAAAUACAAGAGUAGAGAAAACCUAAAGAUCCCCAAAACUCAAACAACUGAGCCAAAGAUCUUAAUUUACAAAUAUUUUGGAAGAAAAACAAAUCAUCUGAUAGUAUUUUUACAUGCAUGUCAAAAAUCUCUAUUUAUGUGUCACAUAAACAUUAAAUACUACAUACAGGCUUCAGCUCCUCAGCUUCCUUCUUUGACUGCCACUCAACUAUUUCUUAUCUGGCCAGUAACAGGAAGGGUCAGGAAGCCCUGCCCUCUUUUGAAAUGAGGAAGCAACUUGUUUUUCUCUCUGCUGAGGAUGCACGGAUGAAAGACGACACUUUAUCGCUAAAUUCAAGACUUCCCAGUGAGGAAAGACUGCAAUAGUACCCCAGGGAAUACUGUGAAUACUGUCAUUGGCAAUGUACUGUACCUGCUGCUAGGAGGCUCGUAAGGAAAGUGAAAGUAACUUGACAGUAUAGAGAGGAACUAACUGCAACAUGGCGUCUAAAUUACAGGAAGAUCUGUCGUGUCCCGUCUGCAAAGAUAUAUUUAAAGAUCCAGUCAUCCUGUCAUGUAAGCACAGCUUCUGUAAUGACUGUUUACAGAAAUACUGGGCAAACAAAAACGAUUUGGGGUGUCCGGUCUGCAAGAGGAAGUCUCCAAAGGAGUGUCCACCUGUUUAUUUUGAGCUGAAGAAGCGUUGUGAGGCUUUCUUACAGGAGCGAGCCUCUGAGCCCGUCUGCAGUCUGCACUCUGAGAAACUCAGCGUCUUCUGUGUGGAUGAGCAGCUGCUAUUGUGCAGAUACUGCACAGAUCAAGAAGCUCACAGAAACCAUCGUUUCCAGUCUGUUGAUGAAGCAGCUCAGGACCACAAGAAAAAACUUGAGGAUUCAUUAAAACCCCUGAAAAAGAAAAUGAGGGCCAUCCGUGAGGUUAAAGGGAAAUGUGAUCAAACCGCAGAGCAUAUUAGAGCUCAGGCUGAAAGCACAGCGAGGAGCAUUAAGGAGCACUUCCAGAAGCUUCACCAGUUUCUAGAAGAGGAGGAGGCAGCCAGGUUGGUUGCACUGAGGGAAGAAGAGGAGCAGAAGAGUCAAGUGAUGAAGGAGAAGAUUGGGGCUCUGAGCAGAGAGAUAACAGCACUUUACCGCACCAUUAAAGACACAGAAAAUGAGCUGAGAGCUGGUAAUGUCUCAUUUCUGCAGAACUACGAAGCUGCAGUGGAACGAGUUCAGCAGCAACCUCUUCCUGAUGAUCCAGAGCUCGCCUCGGGAGCACAGAUAGAUGUGGCCCAGCGUGUGGGCAACCUAAGCUUCAAUGUGUGGGUCAAGAUGAAGGAGAUGGUUUCCUACUGUCCUGUGAUCCUGGAUCCAAACACUGCUCACCCAGGCGUAAUCCUGUCUGAAGAUCUGACCAGUGUGAGGCAAGGAGAGCAAACCCAGGAGCUUCCUGACAAUCCAGAGAGGAUUGAUCACUUCUUCUCCGUUGUCAGCUCCGAGGGCUUUGACUCGGGCUCUCACAGCUGGGAGGUGGAGGUUGGGGACAAUACGGCCUUUGUGCUGGGAGUGUUAACAGACUCAUUUCAGAGGAAAGGAGUCAUUUGGCCUGCACUGUGGAGGCUGAUGUUCUGUGGUGGUGAAUACAAAAUAAUGUCGCCAUUAGACCCGGGGUCAGACGUGCAAGUGACGAGGAACCCGAAGAGAAUCAGACUUCAGCUGGACUUUGACAGAGGAGAGCUGUCAUUUUAUGACUCUGACACAGACACACACAUACACACCUUCACACACAGCUUCACUGACAGGCUGUUUCCAUACAUUAGCACCUGGUGUGACGUCCCAAUAAAGAUAGUGGCACUGAAGAUCUCUGUAACAGUGGACAGUUCGUUGUAAAAUGCCAUGUGUGCUGAUGAACAAGGCUAAAAAAUUUUGGCUGCCAAAGCUAGAACCUGUUAAAACUACAAGUUUUUACUUUUUCACCUCUUCUGUCAUCUGCGUUUCAUUUUGCAAUGCACAAAAAUGCAGUCAAUAUUUAAUAAACCGAUAAUUAGAUAAAGAGGUGCAUGGUAACCCAAUAUUAACCCUGACACUUGUCUUAAAUGGCUUGCUGGUGACCUAGAUGGUGAAAGAAGUGUAACUUUAAAGUAUUUAUUUGUCAUUUUGUAGUUUCUGUAACGUUAUUAAAAACACACCUGCACACUU